GCAUUCACAUCUCUUUGACAGCCCAAACGCUCCCGGCUCAAGCGCCCUGCUCGUCUUAGGUACCCCAACCCAACAAUGGCAACCACGCCGCUGGGCGGAUGUACUCUGUACUCGGGACUGGACCAUUUAUGACUUCACCAGCCAUCAAGCCCAGCCAUGGGUAGCCUCCAAUACCCGGCUCUACUGCCGGUCGGUGAAAGACGUCCCGGCUCGGUUCAGCAACCGUGUGAGGCAAGGAAUGGAUGCAUCGUGGGCCUCGAAGAAUCUGAGCCGUCACGAACUCGGAACCGUUGACCAGAAAGGACAUAAGGGUCCAAAAUCCAGAACGGCCCACGAUGCGGUUCUCCCUUUCUGCCGGGUAGAGCCUGCCAGAGUGGAAUGGGACGGGUACCUUCAUCGCCGUGUCUACAUAGAACGUUCGCGAGACCCACUGAAACAAGUGAAGCUCACGAUGCUUCUGCCUCCGCACGCCUCCAGGGACGGCUGGGUGGUCUCACCGGUGAGCCUGCUUCCCUGCAACGAACCCGAAAGAGAUGCCGACGUGGCAGAAGAGCAGGGGUUUGGGACCAAUCAUCAAACAAGUCUGAGGGGCAGAAAAAUCUCACGAUGGCUUCGCUUUGGCAUUCCCUUCCGACGCCCGGGGACAACCCCCUCUUGGCCACGGGGUCCAAAUCUACCCCAAAUAGCCCGGUCCAAACUAGGGCAGCCAGCCGCGAACUGCGGAGAAGAGGGAGGCAAAGCCGCAAGGGCAUGGCGGCAUGGGCCUGCGAUUGUCGGCGGCUUGUCCGUCGAGAAACCCCCCAAUCGCGAAGCUGGUCCAGCUUUGCACAGGGUCCCUGACUCCGUUGACAAACGCGGGCAUCUGCUGCUUGCGGCGUAGCUUGCAGCGAGACGAACUACGGAUACAUGUCGCAGGCCCAAUGUGCGUCUGCAUCACCAUCCAUUUAAUUACCGGACUGCUCGUCAGGUUGCAGAUAAGGGCUACGGACAAGAAGACCCAAAGGAGAGAGAGGUUGGGGAAAGACGGGAUUGGUGUCGUGUUGACGUUGUCGACCAUGAACCACCUGCGCAAUCAGCUGCCCAAGCACGAGUCCGUCGUCGUCAA